AUCUUGAACAGCAAUGGCGCCACGAAGGAUCGCUGCCCUAUAAUUUUGAUAUUCAGGUUCAAGAUUCGUCUAUGCUGAUCUUUUGGGCGUUGACCCCACUCUCGCAUGGCACGAAGACGACGAUCGCGGUUGUCCCGACCUGUGAUACUGGCCUCUUUCGACUGUUGGGUUCUCGGUUAAGAUCGACAUCGGGACUACCGGGUCCACCAUGGCUCAUUUGCGCCCGCCCUACAUGCGUCCGCUGCUGCCGGCAUCUCACAGGCUCAGUACAUUGGCAGCUUCAGAUCGUCGUCUUCAGAGGCCAGGAGGGGAGCUCAACAUGAUUGCGAAGAUCCACGAAGCGCGCCACGAUGACGGCAGGGUCCAGCAACCUCGGGAACUCGCCCGCAGUGACCCCACAAGCGCCACGAGGCCCCUUCAACGUCAGCGAGCCGACGUUGCCGCCGUCGUGAUCCCAUAUGGACGACAGCUAAUAAAUAGAAGCUGGCACCCUUCAACCUCUCACUUUUCGAACCACCAGACCAGCAUCAGCAGUCCUCACACUCUUUUACCAAUCCAGCUCCCAACUUAGCCAUUCUUUUGCUAAUACACAACUACUAUCUUACUUCUCAGUAAUUAUAAUCAUCACCCUCCUACAAUCAAAAUGAAGACCUCUUUCGUUGCUCUCCUCACCAUGGCCGUUGGUGCCUUCGCUAGCCCCAUCGCCGUCCAGCGUGACACCGAGGUGCAGGUUCCCAUCACCUUCGUGACCCUGACCGAGAGCGUCCGCACCUACACCGCCCAGAUCAACAAGACCCUGGAGACCGUCCCGGAGAACCCCACCGUCCAGGCUCAGAUCAACGUCGUCACCACCCUGACUCCCCAGAUUGAGGGCAUCACCGAUCUCCUGCUCAAGGCCACCAAGGCCGCCACCAGCAAGGAAUUCCUUACCGGUGUCACCGGCGACACCCUGUCCGCUGUCCUGGGCCUGGUCAACGAGGUCGUCUACACUGUCAAGGCUCUCAUUCAGAAGCUCGGUCUCGACCAUGUCAUCCAGCUCAUCCAGCCCCUGAUCCUCGCUCUUGGUGGCCUUGUCCGCGCCCUGAACCUCGUUGUCGACGGUCUGCUCAUCAUUGUCCAGGGCAUCCUGAACACUGUCCUGAACACUGUUGCCAACCUCCUGACCACCCUCAUCUAAGUGCACAACUUUCAGAAGGGAAAUGGAAGCCGGUGUUUGUGUGGAAUAUUGAGCGAGUCGUGCUAGGGGAAGUAUGAUAUAUAUCUUCUUCAUUACACUAACCCUUGGGACCGCAAGGCUCCCCAGGGCGUGUAAUCAUUAAUGCAAUAAUUCACUGAGACA